AUGUGCCGGGCCUACUUUCCGGGAUCCGUGUCCAUGAACGUAUCCUUACGACGGCACGGCUGCAGGAGUAUCUUGUGGGACGAGUGCUUCUCAGGCUGCAGGGCCCUGUGGGGCCCCAGGAGCCUCGUGGAGGGUUCGAGGCGGUGUCUGAGCAGAAUCCUGCGGCUGCCAGCAAAUUACAGGUUAGAAAUCAGACUAUUUCAAAGCGGGGUGAAGAGGUUGGCGCAGAGUGACCGCUGCACAACCAACUGUCUGGUGUGAACGUCCAGGCUGGGCCGAGAGAGCGUGGCCCAGGGAGCCCCAGGGAAGCAAGCUUUUAAUAGGGUAGCCCCACGCCUGGAAUUUGCUGAGACAGUUGCCCCUGUCCUCUGGACGGGAGCUUCUUUCACCACCCCUCUGGGGUCCGAACAAUCUGAAGUGUCCCCGGUCUCAAGGCCAUCUGUUGUCCUAAGUGAUGGCCGAAGAGCUCUAAGGCCUGAGCAGGACCCAGUCCCGCCACCGGGAAGUCCCCUCCUGCUGGGAAGGUUGUCAUGGGGGAAUGUGGUUGCACCUGAGCCCACGCAGAGGGGGCAUAACCAGCGGGAGCCGACAGAGCCCACGCUGGCAACCAGCCCUGAAAGUCACAGGCCCCCUGAGCUUCCACACAUCGUGGGGGGGCUUCUGAGAGGCCCCUUGCUGGAGCGAGUGUGGAAGUGCCCGGAGGGACCCCAAGUUCAAAGGAGAGGGGUGGGCAGGGGCCAGGUCAGAGCUCUGGAAGCUUCUGGGAUCCUGCUCCCGGACCGCGCAGGAAGCAAGACAGACCUCGGACCGCGGGAGCGCCUUCGCUGGGCCACCGGGCCCCGGGAGCAGAACUGCAGUGCGGAGAGUGGGCAGCAGGGGGCAGCAUAA